UAAAGAUGAUAAUAACUAGCAUUUUCAUUAUUGCAUUGCCGAAAGCUCCACUUAGACCUCCUGAAAGUAGGCUACCUGAAAGCUUAUUGUCUACGAAGAUAGGUAGAUAGGACGGAUGUAAUCUGAUUGGCCUGAGACUAUGUGAAACCUAGAUAUUCGUUGACUAUGUCUCUAAUUCCUUAACUCCUAACGCAACUAUCCCGGAUUUCCAUAGCAAAUAAGAUGCCUUAUCAAGGCUCUCCCUGCUAAGCUAACGAAAACUAAACAUUAAUGUGGAGAUUCGAGGCGGUCUACAUAUGAUCGUGGCAUGAUCAAAAAGAGAACCGUGCCAACUUAUAUUGUUCUCUGGAUGUAAUUUAUUGCGGCCCCUCGCGAAGAGCUUAUGCAAGACCCAACUUCAUGCACGAAACAAAGGAUCUCGAACAACAUCUUUAUCAGAUGCCAGGGUCCCCCCCAAGGUUAACUUUUCCUAAGCUCGGAAAUACAAGGAGCGAUUGGCUCAAUGACUGACGUCUACGGCGAUACGGAAGACCUUGUUGGCCCGGGCAAUUGAGAACCCGGCUGGUCAUUCGAUGCUUGAUAAGAGGUCGGCCCUUAAUAUCCUCAAUAUUGAUGCUAUUAUUAACUUUGUUUUCCUUUUUUCCGUAAUACAUAUGUUGUUGCGCUACAAUGCCUUGAAUAUGUAUAUAAAUAUUCCGCCACCGGAUCGAAUUGCCAAGAUAGAUCGCACAUUGAGCUCAAUUCUUAAUGAGCAACGGAGGAGAUCGAAGACGACAAGAAGCAAUGGAGGUCUCACCGUUGAUGCGCGUUCCAGCAGAGGUGCGGCUGAUGAUACUUGAAUACCUAUUCGACGAUGGCGGACAUAAGCAAUUGCAAAUUCGGAACGCAGGAGUUGAAAAAUUGCCGAAGACAGAAGACAGACGACGAAGAAGAUAUUAUACCUUAGAACGGACGUUCCAUCGCCGCUGUUACGAGACGACCUACCAGCUCGAAACCGAGGGCGUUAACUUCUGUGUAUCUGCCAUGAGAAUCAACAAGACGAUAUACGAAGAAACAUCAUACUUGGUCUAUGGCAGACAUACCUUCGACUUCGGGGAUGCAAUCGAAGCGGUCGAGCCCUUCCUCUCGGAUCUAACACCCCAGAGCCGCGGACUUAUCCGAGAAAUAUCCUUGUAUAAGCGGGGGCCCGUGCCACCUUACGACAACGACAGGGGCGAAUGGCAAAGCGUGUGCCGGUUCCUAGAAAAUAACGGGUCUGUUAGAAAGCUGCGGUUGGUGGUACAGGGUGGCCGUCCCAAUGCGACAUGGGAAGGGCCGAAAGAAUUCACCGCGGCAGACCUGAAGCUUCUCUUCGACCUCAAGCACGAGAGCUUAGACUGGGUCGGGGAGCUCGCCCGCGUCAAGGGCAUCGAGGAGUUAGAGAUCUUACCGGACGUUCAGUACUGCCCAGCACCAUCAUCUAGCAAUAUGAUCAUUUUCGCAGCCCUCUCUGCCUCUAUCGAGAGGGGUCUAACAGAGUUUCUCAGAACACAGCUAUGCUUGCCUCUAUGAUGUACAAUUUGCAUGUACGCGUUCAUGUUAUCAUAUAUGGGAUAGGAAAUUUUGGUUUAUUAGAAAUGGGAAUACAUGGGUUAAUUGGAGGGUAGAAAAUAAAUCUAGUUUACGUAACGACAACUACUUAAUACAAGACAAUGGCUAUGUAGAUUAGGCUCUAGGCCUAUCGCCUUAUUCAAGAAACUCGAUAUCAUCAUUCAGCUCCUCUUCUUGCACAUUAUUGACC